AUGGUGUCGGUAGAAGUCGGUUGGCAGGAAGGUGCCAACCCUUCGGAAGGUGUUCAGGCGUCGUGCGUAGAUGAGUGUGACAACAGCGGCGGUACAGCUGUAACGCAAGUAGAAGACGUAACAUGGGCUAAUAUGCCAAAUAUAGAACCGUAUUCGAAUGAAAAGAUUCUAAGCUUAGUAGAGAUCGCACCUGCUCCUGGUAAAGGGCGUUGUAUGUUUUCGAAAAACGGAUAUGAACCAGGAGAGCUCAUAUUGAUAGAACGACCGUUAUUUGUCAUUGUACCAGAUUCCAACCCUGAUUUAUGGAAGACUCUAAAUACGCUGAAUGAACAACAGACGUUGCAAUUAUCGCCGCUAUGGCAUCAAGCUGCUCUAGUAACUAUUUUGACAGGUACCAAGGAAAAACUGGACAUAAUGCAAAAUAAGUGGGUACUAGAUCGCGAUCCACCUGUAUCGGAUGAUGUUUAUCGCAUUCUGGAUGCGACCUGUGUUACACAAGCGGAUGGAUCGUACAUGUAUUCCAACCAAGUUGUUAUCGAUCCCAAAUUAUACCAGUUUCUUCUUCAGGUGUGGCCACUGAAUGCCUUUGGCCACAGUACGGAUCCUAAUGGUCUAGUGAUUUACGAUAAAAUCUCGUAUCUGGCUCAUAGCUGUGAUGCAACGGCUUGUUGGCAUCAUUAUGGUGAAGAUCUGUUCAUAUUGCGUUCGCGUAGACGUUUGAACCCCGGUGAUGAACUCACGAUAUCAUAUCUCGGGGAGCCGGAUCUCCUUGCUCCGACAUUUAAACGACGGGAAUUGUUACAAAACUGGUCAUUUUUAUGUGCCUGCCCCCGAUGUAUAGAAACUGUUGACACCUCUAGAGGAUUCUUGUGCAAACUAUGUCAUUAUGGCCGCGUUAAUUUCUAUGAGGACCAGUCAUCUCGACAAAUGGCUAGUAUGCCGUGCACUCUAUGCGAGUAUCGUUACAAUGCGUUGGACAUUAAGGAAUACCUGGAUCUCGAGCGUGCAUAUGUGGAACGUAUAGAGGGUAUAGACUCUACAGAUCUCUGGGAUAUACAGCAGGUGUACAACAAUGCACGAAAUGUGUUCAACCAACAUUGGUGCCUCUACCAACUACAGACGUUAUUGUUUGAAUGCUAUAAAGAGCGUGGCGAUACCGAAUUAGCACGUUUUUAUAUGCAACAACGUAUCUUCUUCGCAGACUCGGUGAUGCGUCGUCCAUUGUACUGCGUAGCGUUCAUGUAUGAAGAGUUUGCCGACAUGCUGGUUACAUCAGCUGCGCUUGAUAUGGAGAAGGCAGAGCUCGAUGAUGUGGAGGUAGACGUCGAUCUGCUGAGCACUACCAUGGAUAGUUACUUCCGUGCAGCUGCAUUGUUGGCUGUUUUGUCUGGAUACAAUCAUCCAUACUACUACUCCGUUGUGGUAAUUGCAUUGUAUAGUGGUAUAUAUGUUGUUCAGUGCAAGCGCCAUAGAGUGGAGACAAUCCGCGCCAUGGAAUGGCUGGAUUCGAUUAAACGCGCGUUGAGCUGUUUGUUCAAGUGGCGUAAAAAUCGUAAAGAGUUAUUAGCAGAGUUCAAAGAGUGUUGUCAAUUAGUGGCAAUAAAACGUGCUGGAGGAGAGUUGAAAGAUGAUGAUUUUUGGAAUCUUUAUGGUUAUUUCAAGCAGACCGUCGUUGGUGAUUUCAAUGUGACCGACACAUCUGAAGCAACAGACGUUGAUCUACGAAAAUGGGCAUCAUGGAAGAGGCAUAGAGGCAUGUCGAAGAGGGAAGCAAUGGCGGCGUAUGUUGCCACCGUCAGGCAACUGUAUGGUUACAAUGACGAUGUUGAAGAUGUAGCAAUGUCAAAUGUACAUAGUCGCCCUAAGGUUAUAGCUUGUGAAUCGACUGUUGAAAGAGAUGAAGAUAACCUAUUUUCGCUAGUAAUAGAUAACCAAGUAGGGUUGGUGGAGGAACUUUUAAAAGCUGAACCUUCAAUGGUCAACCUACGUAGCCCGGAAGGACUCACGGCAUUACACCUUGCCGCAGACAGGGGUCACGUUGAAGUUGUGAAGACAUUGCUGAGGUAUGGUGCGGACAUAAACGCAGUUGACGACAAUAACGAUACGCCACUAUUGGCGGCCGCAGCUGCAGGCAACCGUAAAGUGGUAGAUCUGUUACUUCGCGGUGGUGCCGACGGUACCCUCAGGUAUCUAGACAGAAAGUUGUAUGAUUUAACAAAAUAUAGGAAUAUCGACAACCAAUGUUACGGAGACAUGAUGCAAAGUGAUCGCAAGUAG